UGUGUGCCACCGUACGGCGAUACAAGCGGUUCUAUCAAAUUCCCUCUCCAAAUAUAUAAAAUACCUAUUAUUUAUAUUAACCCCCAGUCAAUUAAUCCUACCAUUUAAAUUCACGUUAAACCUCACAAUGUAAACAUGAAACCGAUAAAUACAAAUAUCUCGCGCUCUGCAAUAACCGACGAAAUUUACCUGUCCAGUGUUUGCGGGUUUGUGUGAAACGUAUUACUUGAGAGAGACAGUGAAAAACCGGACUUAUGGCUCGCGCGUGAGAAACGUGAAUUUUUUUUACUGGGUACUCAUUGGUUUUCCUCAAUUUCAUAUGCAUUUUGUUUUGUAUUUACCAUAUCUGGAUACUCGGUGCGCGGGGCGCGAUGACAACGACGGAGCUUUACGUCAAGGGUAGCAGAGUAUGGGUGCAGCAUCCGGAGAAGAUCUGGGAGGGUGCAGUACUCCUGGAGUCAUUCUCGAGCAGUGGAACCCUCCGGGUUCGCACAGAGGACUCCAACGAGGAGCGCACCCUCUCCAUAAAAAUCGACGCCGAUCUUCCACCCCUUCGCAAUCCAGACAUCCUCAUCGGGGAAAACAAUCUCACCUCUCUCUCCUUUCUCCACGAACCGGCAGUUCUUUACAAUCUGCAGAUUCGAUUCCAACGUCAUAGCAUUUACACCUACUGCGGAAUAGUCCUGGUGGCAUUCAAUCCCUACGACGAAUUACCAAUUUACGGAAAUGACACUAUCUGGGCGUAUCGGGGUCAGGCAAUGGGCGAUCUGGAGCCCCACAUAUUCGCCGUUGCCGAGGAGGCGUACACAAAACUCGAGCGAGAAUUGCACGAUCAAUCAAUCAUCGUUUCCGGUGAGUCUGGUGCGGGUAAAACUGUUUCCGCCAAAUAUGCGAUGCGUUAUUUUGCAACUGUCGGCGGUUCCACGACGGAGACGCAAAUCGAGAAGAAAGUGCUGGCAUCAUCGCCUCUGAUGGAGGCAUUUGGUAACGCUAAGACAACGAGAAAUGACAACUCCUCGCGAUUUGGUAAAUUCAUCGAGAUCCAGUUCAACAAGAAUUAUCAUAUUUCGGGUGCUAGUAUUCGUACAUAUCUCUUGGAGAAGUCUCGGGUUGUCUUUCAGGCGAAUGAUGAGAGAAAUUACCACGUGUUCUAUCAGCUGUGUAAGGCAGCCGGGGGUAAAUCUCCGCCGAAUCGGUUGAAGGAGCUGCACCUGGAGAACGGCCAAGGGUUCCAUUACCUCAACCAGGGGAAUAGUUUCUCGAUAGAUGGUUUGGACGACUCAGCGACCUUCCAGGACACCCUGGCGGCUCUCUCACGUCUGGGUUUCGAUACCAAACAGCAGGACGAAGUUUUCAGGAUCCUCGCGGCGAUCCUUCACCUGGGGAAUGUCAGGAUAAUCAAUAAAAUUGAUAAACAGGAUAAUUCCGGAAACGAGGACACGGAGGCUUGUGACAUUUCAUCGAAGGACAAACACCUGCUAAUUCUCGCUGAUCUGAUGGGCAUCGACCCGAAGGCGAUGAGGAAGUGGCUGUGCCACAGAAAGAUUGUCUCCAUGCGAGAUGUUAUUCUCAAGCCGAUGAACGUCGAGCAGGCUGUUGGUGCCAGGGACGCACUGGCCAAGCAUAUCUACGCCGAGCUCUUCAGCUUCAUCGUUCACAGAAUAAACGAAUCCCUUCGAACAAAAACAAAAGCCGGAUGUUUUAUCGGUGUUCUCGAUAUCUACGGCUUCGAGACAUUCGAGACAAAUUCCUUCGAGCAAUUUUGCAUUAAUUACGCCAACGAAAAACUCCAGCAGCAAUUCAACCAGCACGUCUUCAAGCUCGAACAGGAGGAGUACCUCAAGGAGGAGAUCGAGUGGACGUUCAUCGAUUUUUAUGACAAUCAGCCCUGCAUCGAUCUUAUUGAGACCAAACUGGGAAUUCUAGAUCUACUCGAUGAGGAGUGCAGGAUGCCGAGGGGCUCCGACGACUCCUGGGCGGAGAAACUCUACACAAAAUGCAACAAGUCAAAACACUUUGGCAAGCCGAGAUUCGGCACCAGUGCUUUUCUCAUCCAUCACUUUGCUGAUCUCGUAACAUAUGAAACCGGAGGAUUUCUCGAUAAAAAUCGGGAUACGGUGAUGGAGGAGCAGGUGGAUGUGCUGAGAUCGAGUGACAAUAAAUUGUUGAAGCAGUUGUUCACUGAGGACAUUCCCAAACUAUCGGUGCCGAAUCAGUCGAAAGUGAAGAUAUCCACGCAGAAGCCCUCGACACCGGCGAAUCCCAAGCAGAAUAAGAAAACAGUUGGCUCCCAGUUCAGGGACUCUCUCAAUAUGCUCAUGGCAACUCUCAAUGCCACGACGCCGCACUACGUUCGCUGCAUCAAGCCUAAUGACUCGAAAGAGUCCUUCGAGUACAAUGCAGCACGUGCCAUUCAGCAACUUCGAGCUUGCGGAGUUUUGGAGACCAUCAGAAUAUCAGCAGCUGGUUUUCCGAGCCAGAGGACCUACGGCGAGUUCUUCCAGAGGUAUCGGUGCCUCUGCCCUUUUAAAAAAAUUCGCAGGGACGAUCUCAGGGAAACAUGUAGGCGAAUUCUCCAGAUUUACAUCAAGGACGACGACAAAUUCAAGUUUGGAAAGACGAAGGUCCUCUUCAGGGCGGGACAAGUGGCUUAUCUGGAGAAGUUGAGGGGGGAGAAGCAGAGGGAUGCCUGCAUGAUGAUUCAGAAGAUGGUGCGAGGAUUUAUACAUCGAAAUCGAUACAGAAAGAUCAGGAGAUCGGUGCUGGGGCUUCAGAGACAGGCGAGAGGCUGCUUGGCGAGGAAGAAGGCGGAGGGGAUUAGGAGAGAGAGGGCUGCCAUAACUAUUCAGAAGACGAUAAGAGGGUGGCUCGCCAAGGAGAGGUACCAGAGAGUCAAGAGGACAAUUAUUAAGCUCCAAACUUAUGCCAGGGGACUCCUCGCUAGGAGGAAGUACCAGGGGAUGAAGGACAACGCGGCAGCUCUCCUCAUUCAGAGGCUUGUGAGGGGAUAUCUGGUGAGAAGGGCAUGUAGAAAGAAGAUCAAGGAUAUAAUAGUUGUUCAGUGUUGUGUGAGGAAGUACCUGGCGAGGAGGAUCUUCAGGAGGCUCAAGGCUGAGGCGAGGAGUGUGGAGCAUGUUAAGACCCUCAACAAGGGCUUGGAGAAUAAAAUUAUAUCUCUUCAGCAGAAGAUUCAGACGAUCAACGAGGAGAGCAAGGGUCUCAGGGUGGUUCAGGCUGAAGCAAUCGAACUAAAGGGAAAGUUGGAGGGAAUGAAGGCUGUGGAGGCUGAGAACAAGAGGCUCGUGGCCCUGGUGGUGGAGAGGGACAAAGAAAUCGAGAGGAUGGCGGCUGAUGUCAAGAGAGAGAGGGACGAGAAGAUGGAGCUGGUGAUGGAGAGGGAGAAGCUGAUGGCGGAGAGGGAGGAUGAGAAGAAGGUUCUUGCUGCGGAGUCGGAUAAAUUGAGGAGAGAACUCUCGAUUGCACAUGAGAAGCUCAAGGUCGACAGGAGGGGGGCAGAGGAGAAUCUGAAGAAUAGGCUUGAGCAGGAGAAGGAUCUCCUUCUGAUGGAGCAGGAUCAGGACCGAGGAGCUUAUCAAAGGCUUCUCAAGGAUUAUCAGGAGCUCGAGGAGCAGUUCGAAGUCAUGCAGAGGAAAUUCGUUCACCAGGUACCUGGGCAUUCGAGAUCGUUGAGCAAUGCCUCCAGUGGAAGCGCUGGGGGGCAAGCGGCGUCCACUGAUUUGCCGCCUGAUGAUCAGAAUAUUGACUUUGGAUAUGGAUCGGUCAGGUCCACCAUCUCGUCGUCAACACCGUACUCGAGGGUGGAAACGAUCGAUUGGAGUCAUAGACGGUCUGAGAGCCCGCCUGAUGGCGAAGCUCAACCUGUUAAAUCUCCUGAGGUCAAUGGAGGAAUACAAGCUCCUCCUGUUGAUAUUGGGCUCGUUCUCAAACUCCAGCAAAAGCUCAAGGACGUCGAGAGUGCUAAUGGCAGACUUGUAAGGAUGGUCGAGGAUUUGGAAAGGGACUGCCCAGAGGAAUCUUCCAGGACGCAGGAUACGUUUAGGUUGGAAGAACUUGAAAUGGAAAAUGCUCAACUGAAGAAAGAUCUGAAUUCUCUGAGACGCACAGUCGCCGAGGCCGAUACUGCAACUGUUCAGAAGCACCUGAUGGGUCAAUUCGAGGCUCUGCAGGAGGAGCUGGAGAGACGAAGAGAGGAAUGCAUUCAACUCCACAGUGUUUUAGCUGAUCACACGAGAAGAAUGAAGAGCCUUGGCUCCAACUAUGGACGAGACGUAGACAUAAUAAACGAGGAUGGUGAACUGGUUCUGGCAUUCGAAGCGCAGAAGAAAAUAAAUCGACAAUUGGAGGACGAGCUGCAGAGCAAGGAAAAAGGGUGGCGCUCGCAGAGGGACGAGUGGAGAAAUGAAAUUGAUCGUUUGCAGGAGGAAAUACAGAAGCAGCAGAAAUUACUGUCCGUGAAUCUCAGUAAAACACCGCAGACGCAGACCGAGGCUUUCAUGCAACAUGAAAUAGCGCGACUUACAUCAGAAAACUUGGAUCUUCAGGAAAGGUACGAUAAAAUUGCGGAGGAGAAUCAUAAGCUGAAGAAGAAGUGCAGAAUACUUGCUAAGCGACUCAGAGAUGCUGGAUACGAGGAAAACGAUACGAAGGAUUUGGCUGAGCCACCGAAGCCCCGUGCAUAUAUGAUCACGGGACCGGGUGAGUUUAACGUACCAGAUAGUGUGGAGGUUCCCACGGAUCAGUCAUCAGUUCCACCUCAAUCCUCAGCCUCAACGAGUGCCGUAAUGCCAGCAAUUCGCAAGAAGGAGCGCGACUACGAGGGAAUGUUUGAAUUCAAGAAGGAAGACAUCACAGUAGUAAUUCGUCAUCUUGUAAUAGAAUUAAAACCAAAAGUAGCUGUUACCCUCCUCCCCGGGCUUCCUGCGUACAUUCUCUUCAUGUGCAUACGUCACACAGACUGCGUAAACGACGACGACAAAGUGAGAACACUGCUCACUGGUUACCUGAAUGCUGUGAAGAAAGUGAUAAAGAAGAGAGAGGACUUUGACUCGUCAGUUCUGUGGUUGAGCAACACGCUGCGAUUGCUUCACAAUAUGAAGCAGUACUCUGGUGACAAGCCCUUUCAAAUCGAGAACACACCGAGGCAAAAUGCCCAGUGCCUACGUAAUUUCGAUCUUAGUGAGUACAGGGUUGUACUGAGCAACGUAGCCCUCUGGAUAUUCAACAAUAUAAUGACUCUCUUGAAGGAGAGGAUUCAGGCGCUGACAGUUCCAGCAUUGUUGGAGCACGAGGCCAUAACUGGGCUAAACUCCAACAAAAGGGGAUUAGCUAGGUCCUGCUCAAUGGGUGAAGAACCAGAGUCCACCCAGAAAAAAUUGGACAAACUCCUAGACGAGCUUUCAGCUGUUCAUAAAGCCCUUCAGUAUCAUGGAGUCGAUCCUGAGAUCAUUGGUCAAUUGUUCAAGCAGUUGUUCUACUUCAUGUGUGCUAGUGCCCUCAAUAAUCUCCUUUUGAGGAAUGAGCUGUGUCACUGGACCAAGGGCAUGCAGAUCAGGUACAAUAUGAGUCAUUUAGAGCAAUGGGGCAGGGAUCAGAAUCUUCCCACUGCUGCUGAGGCCCUUCAACCCAUCAUUCAAGCGGCACAACUCCUUCAGGCUCGUAAGACUGAUGAGGAUGUUAAUUCAGUUUGUGAGAUGUGUAAUAAACUCUCAGCUAAUCAGAUCGUCAAGAUUCUCAAUCUUUAUACACCAGCUGAUGACUUUGAGACGAGAGUUCCUGUUACUUUUAUAAGGAAGGUGCAGGCCAAGUUGGAGAUGAGGAAGGAGAACAACGAACAGCUGCUUAUGGACCUCAAGUUCUCAUAUCCUGUGAGAUUUCCUUUCAAUCCAUCCAACAUUCGACUGGAAGACAUCGAAGUGCCCGAGGUUCUCAAUCUACCGAUGCUCAAGAAGGUCUAGAUCAAUUGAUUUCGUUUUUCUAAUGUGUGAAGAACGCCUAAAGUAUUCCAAAGUCUUUGGUGAUGAAGUCAGAAGCCAAGUUGUAAUGUGAGAUAAAUCGAGUAUACUAUUUCUUCUCAUUAUCCAUUUUUUUUAAACUAUCGAUUUGAGGAGAUGACGUUGAAUAAUUUUUUCUGUAAGUUAUUAAAUUUACAGUAUAAAAUGUAAUAUCAUAUUUUCUUCUCAUCAAUAGUUUUUGAUAUUAUUCAAUAUUUAGAAAAUCGAAAUUUUGAAUUAUCUGACUUUAUUACUUGAUUACUGAAUUGUCCACUUUUUUACAGUCCUGUGUUCCCAACGAUUUAUUUAUUACCUCAGUUCUUUAUCGAAUGGCGAUUAUCGAGAACGGAUGGGCUCAUUUUUAUUUUCUGUCCACAGAAAUGUUUUCUGUUCGAUUGAGGAGUUGAGUAGAUUUCAUGUGAUUAAGAUAUUAGGUGCGAUUUGUAUAGUUUACAAAUUGUGAAUACAAUAAAUUGAGCGACCAAUUGCGGAGAUAAUGAAUUAUUAACGUAAAUUAGGGGAUUAGUCGUCGGCAUUGCAUUAUAUACAUGAUGUAGCGAUGCACACUCCAUUAUUCCAUCAAUAUUUGCAUUUUUUUGCUUCAUUUUCAUGCAACACUGACUCCCAAAGGACCAGUUUGCCUCAGGGGAUGCCUAUUCGAGUGAUGGUAGACCCUAUGAAUUAAUUAUGUGAUUAAUUGUACAAUACAGCCAAUGAGAUGGUGAUUGAGGGAAAAUUGUUAUCGUGCAAUGGUUAAAUUGGCCACUGGAGGUGGAAUUAUUUUGUUAUAUUGUACAAGAGAGGUGGCCGGAGGAUUGAAUAUAAUCGACGAAAUUAUGUGGUGUUGGAUUUUGAGAGAGAUUUAUCAUGUUAAUGUUAUCAACUGAAAGUGUUUACUGAUGAGGAUGAACCGAAUGUUGUGCCAUUUACAAUUAUACAUACUAUAUUAUUUUUUGUGGGAGGGAACAUCAAUUUGUCAUUCGUACUGUGCUCUCCUGGCUUUCCAUAGUCGCCUGAUAGAGUUUAGAUCCAACGAUGCACCUAGGUGAUUACUGUGACAUUCCCUGAAUGUAAUAUAAGGUUUUUGUUCACCUGGAGGAUGAAAAAUAAAUUAUAAAAUCGUUGUCACGA